AUGUAUUACUUGGCUCUGGUGUGGACCCCAGUUCAUGCCCAUGAACUGGUGAAGAUAUUUAGUUCUCUUUCAGUACCUGAAUCCCGGGACAAUUUUGGUAUUCUCUAUGGGAGAAAGCAGCAAAAAAAAGUGAAGAAGUCGGACUGUGGGGAGUGGCAGUGGAGUGUGUGUGUGCCCACCAGUGGAGACUGUGGACUGGGCACCCGGGAGGGCUCUCGUACCGGAGCCGAGUGCAAGCAAACCAUGAAGACCCAGAGAUGCAAGAUCCCCUGCAACUGGAAGAAGCAAUUCGGAGCGGAGUGCAAAUACCAGUUCCAGGCCUGGGGAGAGUGUGACUUGAAUACAGCCCUGAAGACCAGAACUGGGAGUCUGAAGCGCGCCCUCCACAAUGCCGACUGCCAGAAGACGGUCACCAUCUCCAAGCCCUGUGGCAAACUGACCAAGUCCAAGCCUCAAGCAGAAUCUAAGAAGAAGAAAAAGGAAGGCAAGAAGCAGGAGAAGAUGCUGGAUUAAAGCUGCCACCUUCUGAGGAACAUGAACAAGACAUCAGCAAACAGGAUCAGUUAAUUAUUGCAUUUAUACCUACUGUAGGCUUUUUAUUCAAAAUUAUGUAUAGCUUAAGUACGCAAUAGGCAAAAACAAAGAGGAAAGAAAAUUUUUGUAGUAGCCUUUUUUAAAAUGUAUACCAUAGUACCACUAGGGGCUUAUAAUAAAGGACUAUAAUCCUAUUUAGAAAGUUGAAGUUCACUUGUAGUACAUGAUAAGUGGUAGACAAUUGAGGUAAGUUUUUUUGAAGUUAUACAAUAUUUCACAUUUAAAUUUUUUUACAUUUUUUUUCUUUUGACAGCAAUUUAAAUGUCGUGAUCAUGUAAACUACUUCUCUGGUUAUUAUUUUUGUCACCUAGGUUUUUUUCCCAAUUGAGAAAAAUAUAUACUAAACAAAGCAGCAAUAAAAUAUAAUGACUCUAUUUGAGGAAAAUACCUUGUUUUCUGCACACAGAUUUUUUUUUUAUUAAAAUAAGUCAUCCAAGAAAGUGCAGAAAAGAGGCAGAACAAUGUUGUAGUGCAGAACUGACUUUUUCUUUUCUCAAGAAAAUCAUUAAAACAAUGAAAUUCACUUUGGCAGACACAUCUGUUUUCUUGAUGAAAUUAUUUUUCCAUCUGAGGAAAAAAUACUAGGAAAAAUAAAUCGUGGUGAUGCUGAAUAAAGGUGCUUCUGUGUGCAA